AUGGCAUUAGAUAUCUCUCAAGUGCCAUGGUAUGCGGACAUUGUGAAUCUGAUAGUAAGUGGAGACUACCCUCCGGGUGCAAUCACCCAACCAAAGAAAAAGCUCAAUCAUGAUACUAAGUUCCAUAUCUGGGAUGAACCGUUCUUGUUCAAGAAAGUUGUGGAUCGGGUAGUGAGAAGAUGCAUUCUAGAGUACGAAGUUCGAAAAGUUCUUAAAAGUUAUCAUGCUAGCCCAUAUGGAGGUCACCAUGGAGGAGAGCGCACGACGUAUAAGAGGAAAGAUUGGUCUGAAAAGUUAGAUGAUGUAUUGUGGGCAUAUAUGACUACGUAUAAGACACCCAUAGGGACUUCUCCCUAUCACAUAGUUUUUGGGAAAUCAUGUCAUCUUCUGGCGGAAUUAGAACACCAAGCUUAUUGGGUAAUUAAGAGGUUAAACUUGGACCCCGAGCUGGCCGGUAGAAAGAGAGUGAAUCAACUAUAUGAGCUUGAGGAGUUUAGGCUCCAUGCGUAUGAGCAUGCCAAGAUUUACAAAGAAAAGAUGAAGAGGUGGCAUGACAAGCACAUAGUUACUCGUACUUUCACUCCAGGAGAAAAUGUACUACUCUUUAACUCUAGAUUGAGGUUAUUCCCCGAAAAACUAAGGUCUAAAUGGAUUGGUUCUUUCGAAGUUGUAAGAAUGACACAACAGGGGGCUGUUGAACUUAAAGGUGAGUCUGGACCUACGUUCUUGUUAAAUAGGCAAUGGGUGAAACACUACUCUGGUGUUGAUUUGGAUUGUGAUCGGGAGGCUCUGGAGCUAAAUGAUGAAUGA